AUGGAGGCGCACCACUUUGCUACGGUCACGUGCCUCAGCAACUCUCGCAAGCUUCGAACAGCUACUCAGGUCAUUCUCCGUGCCUGGCCUCGGAACCGGAAGCGGAGCCGCAGGAACAGCGCCGUUCACUUCGAGGGCUAUGUGGAGCAUCCAGCAUUGCAGUUCGACCAUGAUGCAGACGAGCAGGAGAGGUGGCGGCUUCGCCGCGGUGUGGUAGUUUUGGAGGAUGGGGGCAGUCAACUCCCGAGACCGACCUGGUCUUUCUUGGAAUCCUGCUUGCCGAGCUGGAUGGAGAACAUCCUCCGGCGGCAGCAGGCCGCGCCCACGCCCUUGCAGGCAACGACAUGGCCUUUGCUAAGGACAAAUCGAGAUGUCGUAGUGACAGCGGAGCAUGGCUGUGGCAAGACCCUGGCCUAUGCGGUGCCGCUGUUGAUCCGUGCUGCAGCUUUGCGAGGGGCGACCCACGAGCUCUUCCAUUGCCUAGACGAGCUGCCAUGGGAAGAGUGGCGCCAGCGGCCACCCGAUGGGGUGGUGCUUGUGCCCAGCAAAGAAGUGGCUGCCCAGGUACGUUCCUUCAUCGCUCCUUUUGCUGCCGUCGGACGUGUUCUCGUGGCUGGAGGCAUGGAGGAUCCUAGCUCACAAGGCGAGGAGGACAAAACACAGCUAAACGAGGCGUCAAGAGCGGGCGUGCUGGUACUUACACCCUGGCAGCUUGAGUACCAGUCGUGGGUGCUCGGCAAAGAUGAGGACCUGGAGGUUUUGAACCAGGUCCGUAUCGCUUUGGACUUAUUGGCUCCUUCUAUGGUAGAGAGUUCCCCACACUUUGGUGCCUUUGUCUUGACUCGGGUCAUUGGGUUUCCUCGCAGCGAUAGUUGUCUAGUACGUUUGGUAGCCAGGAUGCUUGCCACUGCCUUUGCCGCACCACGCUUGACGUGGGCAGCGCUGCCCACGAAAAGAGCGCCACCAGUUCGAGCUUCGGGCCUUCCGGGCCCAUCGUCCCCGACAUGGAGCACAGUUGUCGGAUGCGCCGUGGCUGGAGUUGUUGCACGCAAGGUUCGGACAGCGUGCUCUGCUAAGCCAUCUUGGCAGCAGAGCAUGCUUCGCAUCAAAGAUCCGGAGAAGUCACUCGACUUCUACAAGAACAAGAUGGGAAUGCGGCUUCUGGACAAGCUCGAUUUUGAAAGCAUGGGCUUCUCCCUCUACUUCUUGGCCUCCGUGCCGGAGGGCGAGAAGACGCCGGAGCCGGGCUCUGUGGAGGCGCACCGGUACCUCUGGAGCUAUCCGGGUACCACCUUGGAGCUUACGCACAACUAUGGCACGGAGGCAGAGGAGGGCGCCAUCUACCAUCCUGGCAACCAGCCCAGGGAGGGGGACAGGCGGGAUGGCUUCGGCCAUGUGGCCUUCUCUGUGAACGAUGUCUACGAGACGAGUGCGGCGCUGGAGAAAACGGGAGUGAAAUUCCAGAAGAAGCCCGACGAAGGGAGAAUGAAGGGAUUGGCCUUUGCAUUGGAUCCAGAUGGCUACUGGGUCGAGCUGCUGAGGGGUGGAGCUCCAGGACGCCACACCCUCGCCCAGACAAUGCUGCGUGUGAAGGACCCUAAGAAAUCCUUGGACUUCUACACCAAGCACAUGGGGAUGACGCUGCUGGCGCAUCAGGACUACGAUGACUUUUCUUUGUACUAUCUGGGCACCGUGCCUGAGGGCGCCAAUGAGUUUCCGGAAGGCAGGCCAGUGCUGGAAUUGACGCACAAUCACGGCACAGAAGAUGAGGCCGAAUUCUCGUACCUCAGUGGGAAUGAAGCGGACAGAAAGGGAUUCGGACAUGUCGGAUUCUUGGUCGACGACGUGUAUGAGACCUGCAAGGGGCUGGAAGCCGCGGGCUACGCGAUGCAGAAGGCCCCAGAUGGCGGAUCCAUGAAAGGCCUGGCCUUUGCCCGUGAUCCCGAUGGUUACUGGGUCGAGAUCAUCAAGCGGGGAGGAUACGAUGCAGAAGCCACGCCGUAUUUUUUCGAGAAGGAUGUGUUGAUUGUGUUUGACGAUGCGGACGCCAUUGUGAAGGACGGGGACGACGACGGCGCACAGGCACGAACGAUCCUGGAGUUGCUGCCUAAGCGCAGACAGCUCGCGUUCUUCUCCGUGACCUGGCCGCCGCGUGCUGACCAAAUGGCUGGGAGGCACCUGCGAGCCGACACGGUCAUCAUACAUGCGGCCUUCGAGUGCUUGCACAAUGCUGAAAGUCACUGCCUGGAAUCCAGGUUCGUGAGGCAGCACUUCAAGGUUCUUCACCCGCUUGCCAACUUGCUUUCUCUACCUGGCGCCUCCCAUGUUCGAGAGAUGUUUGCUAAAGUGCUGGGAGCAGGCCAGACAUUCCCGGCACUCGAGCUGGACCAGCAUGAGCAUCAGGCUGCCGCCGAAGAGCAGCCAGCGCUCUCGACAGUGCCAGCACCGUCCGUGGAUUCUGUCCAAGCAGAGGAGCCGCCCAGGCGCUCGAAACGUGAGCGUGAUGGGGCACAGAAGCAGGAGGACCUCCUGCGACAGAUCAGGUGGAAGGCUGAGCGCAUCGGCAAUAAGAUUGUCCAUGAAGGACUGCUGUUGUCCGGGCCUGGCACCGGCGUCCCGCUUCCUUGGGCCAUCCUUCGCCCUGACGCCGAAGUGAGGUCCGGGCCAGGGCCGCGCCCCAAACCCGAGGAGCGCUGCCUGGCAGACGCGGCCUUGCCCGGCCCGGACCUGCUCCGGCGCCUGCGGAAGCUGCGCACUCCGGAAGCCAAGCCCGGUGAAGAAAACGGCCCAGGAGGGGAAGACCCCGCCCUCAUCGAAAAGGCUGCUCAGCUGUUGACCGGCCUCCUCCAAGCGGAAGGUAGAACGCUGACCCGGGCCAGUGAGAUGCUAGUAAUCGAGUGGCUGGGACAGCUGCACCAGCGUGCAAAGCGACACGAAGACACAAGCACUGGCUCCAAGCUGUGCGAGCUGAAGGAGCUGAGGGACCCGGAUAUUCUGGCAGCAAUGACUCCUCGACAGCUGUCCUUAGUGGCUUGGUCGCUGGGAAAACUUUGGGACCUGGGCUCAGACUGUGCAAGGGAGGACUUGCUGAGCCUUGUGGCGAGCAGGGCCUCAGACAUGGAUGCACAGGGUCUCUCAAUGACGAUGUGGUCCUUCGCUUCGCUAAGAGUGCAGAGCCAUGUGAGAGUCGUGGUUCGUCAUGCCCUGGCUGCCAUGUCUCAGAUGUCGGCCCAGGGAGUGUCCAACACACUCUGGGCCUGUGCAUCGCUACGGCAGGACCAAGAGCCACUGCUCCAGCUGGCUGAGGCUGAUGUGUCCAUUCUCUCCAAGCUUUCCACCUGCUCCACGCAAGCUGCUGCCAAUGUGAUCUGGGCGACGGCGCGGCUUUCUGAAGGUUGGGCCAUGCAGAGAACGGCGGCGCAGGUGGCAGAAGCACGCGCUCCGGAGCUGCGAGCCGAAGAGGCGGCGGCAGUGCUCUGGGCGCUGGCCGUGGCAGCGCCGGCCAAGGCGGCUUUCGAGGGCCGCAAGGACCGGCUCUCCGUGCUCACCGUCGUGUCGGAGCAUGCGCUGCGUCAGCUUCACCCGAAGUCUCUGGCUGCAUCUGCUUGGGCCUUCGCGACCCUCGCAGAGACGGGGCCAUUCUGGACCAGAUUUGCAGCAGCAACAUCGACUGCCCUCCGCACACGGAGCUUUUCUUCGCAGGAGCUUGCCCACACGUGCUGGGCUUUUGCAACAGUCGUGUACUCACAGCAGAUGGCACAAGGGCUGUGGACCGACCUCGGCGAUGCUGUCCUCUCUCAGCCUAAGUUCUCGGCGACCGAACUCGCAGCUGUGUCAUGGUCCAUGGCUGCUGCUCGUUUCACGUGUCCUGGGUGGUCGGAACAGUUCCCUGAGAUGAGCAGAGGCUGCAAAGGUAUGAAUCUACGAGCUUUGGCUUCGGUCGCCUGGUCGUGGACAACCCUCACUUUCAGUGUGAGCUUCUUGGAAGACACCGUCAUGCCCGCUGCAAGCAGCGAAGUCCGGUUUCAUUUGGAGCAACUCGGCAGCUUGGAUUGGGCCAAGGCAGAUGUGCACAGGGAGCUCUUGGAUCCCUUGCUUCAGCUGGCAUGGGCUUUCUCCUUCGCAAAGGUUCCUGCAGAGCCUUUGCUGGCACUGGCUUCCAGCUUGGCUGUGGGAGUGGGACGACGCUGGGACUUGGCGUCCUCGAAGUCUGACGGAACCCUUAGCGCAGAUGCUGUUUCGUCACCGGAUGGAGAUGGAGAGCAAACACCCAGAAUUCUUCUCAACGACAAAGGCAUUUUGUUUCUUCACAAGCCGCCUGGGUGGGAGGUUGACGGAGGUCGGGAUGCAACGCAACGGCCAGGGUCUCAUCCUCAGCUGUCCUCGUUUCUGCGCGAUCGCUCCCUUCACCCAGUGCUGCGGGACCUCGCAUGCGGAUUUGGCUUUCUGGGACGCUUGGACCUGCCGUCCGAAGGGAUCGUGCUGGCUGCCACAACAUACCAGGCCUACUACGCGCUCCGGAUGCAGCAGGAGACCUUGGCCCUGGAACGCGAGUACAUCAUGCUUUGCCAUGGUCAAAUACCAUGGGGGCUGAGGAUUCUUCGCCAAGGCAUCCGUGGAAUCCCGCUUUCCGGCAGCAUCGUGUCGACCGAUGGCUUGCCCGCAGAGACUCACAUCCUGCCCUGUGCUUGGCUCCGUGGACACGGGGGUGAAGUGUACACUCUCGUGGCCGCAUCCAUUGUUACAGGACGCAAGCACCAGAUCCGAGUGCAUCUGUCGCAUCAGGGCUAUCCUGUUGUAGGUGAUCACAGGUACGGGUCCCAUGAAUCCCAACGUGCCAGCCCACCGGGCAUGUCCUGCCGCCAAUUCCUCUUCCGAUAUCGGAUUGCCGUGCUUGGCUUGGGUGAGAACGGUGAGGCUCUGCAGAUGGCCCUCCCGCUUGCACCAGAUCUCCGCACAGCUUUGCAGGCCCUGCAGCCUCUGGACGGGGCAUCGGCAAAUGCCUGGCAGCAGUGGACGUCCGGGGCAAAGCCCUUGGCCUUCCGUGAAUUGGAAGUGCGACAGAAGAUGCAUGACGCCUUCUUUGCACUUCACGGCGGCGGUGCCCGCCGGCGCUUGCUAGCACUCUCUGCUUCCCUGAAGAGCAAUGAGGCGCUGCGAAAGGACAUCCUGGCUGCCGGCCCACCCGGGGCCCUGGCAAUCGCGCAGCAGGACCCUCGCGAGUGGGCGUGCUCGGCCGUGCAGGCGAAGCGUCAGCGUUGGGCGCUCGAGUCCUUGCAGGAGGCCAAGAUGCCCAGUGGUCAGAUGGCCCGAUGCCCCGAGUGCGGAGGCAAGGCCUUUGUGAACACAGGGCGAGCCGGAAGUGGCCGGGCUGCGCGACUCUCCAAGCAGUACGCACACUUCAAGUGCACUGAGCCGGAUGCGCUCCGCGAGGCUCUCGGGCUUCUGAAGCUGCAAGGUGGCUGUUUGGCCCUUGUUUUCUGCAACAAUGAGGCGACGGUUGAGAAGGUGGCAGAGCAGCUUGGGGGGCACUCGCAAGACUAUGGCAUCAUAGCACUGCACGAGCAGAUGCCCUGGGCCGCAGCCUCUGAGCGGCUCCUGGACAUGGAGAGGCCUUCCGUGCUUGUCGCCAGGCUAGAGGAAGAUCAGUGA